CCUGUUCAGUCGGUGGGAGAAGCCGGGGGUUACAUUUUAACUGUGCGCCAACGAUUUUAAAUGUUUUGUACGUGUUUUAUACACAGCUAUGGACCGACCCAGCCUUCAGAGACUGUUCUCUACUUGUGAUGUGAACAAGUCCGGUAAGAUUGAGUAUGAGGACUUUAAGGUGGUCUGCCGGGAGCUCAACGUCCCCGAAAGCGACAUCAAAACUCUUUUCGACAAGUUGGACGCGGGCGGCGACGGAUACAUCGACUACACCACGUUUUCUUCAAAGUUCCAGGAGGUUUCAGAGACUCUGGACCUGGCGGCUUUUGGCGCUGGGUCAACUCAAAACCAAAACCGUGGCUGGGAAGAGUUUUUGGGCAGGUUGACUGAGGAGUCUCUUUUCUCUGAAAGCCUCAGGGAGCAGCUGGCCGAUCUCUACCAGGCCAUUCACUCACACACAAACAUGACGGUGCUGCAGCAGUAUGAGGAAAUCAUCAACUCUCUGAUCACUCAGAGCCUGGACAACAGACUCGAAUGUGAACAGCUGGAGACAAGCUUGAAGCGAACUGAGGAGAUGAACAACAGUCACCUGGCAGAGCUGGAGGACGACAUACAGCAGCAAAUAGCCAGAACAGAGGAGAGGGUGAGAGCUGGGGAGCGCAAGAAAAUGGAGGGAGUGCUGUCUACCAUGCAAAGGAAGCAUGAGAAUGAGGUGGCAGACCUGCAUGCUACUGUGGACAGACUGUUAAAGAGCCUCGAGGACUCUAAAACCAACCAUUCAAAGGAGGAGAUGGCCAGACUGAACAAACAAACCAGCGAUCUCUCACAUGAGAACGAGCAGCUGCGUGGCUCUUUGCUACAAGCCACGACAAACAUCGCCAUCCUGCACUCAGAGCUGGACAAGCUGAAGAACAUGUAUACAGAUCAGAAAGCUCAAUAUGAAAGAGAAACAGAGGAUUUGAAGGGGAUGGUGAUGGAAUACCAGUCUUACUCCAGUCAGAUCCAGAUUCUGCAGGAGAUGAACAAAAAGCUGUAUGAUAGUAACGACGGGCUUCGGUCUGAGUUGGCUAAUGAAGCGGUUGCAGCUAAAAGGAGGCUGUCUCCCCAAAAUGAAAUCCCGGCUCGCAGGAUGAAACCCCUCCGACAAAGCACACUCAAGCACGGCAGCUCAGAGCAGGUUUCCAGCAAGUCGAACUACUCUCAUGUGGCCACCUGGGCUGAUAAGUACCUGGACAGUGGAGUGUCCCUGCAGAUGGAUACAGCCGAGAGCCCAGGCAGCGAUUACGACAGUGAAGAUAGUAGAAGCUCAGGGGAAACGGUUCACCACAGUUACUCUUAUAUCCCAUCUGAUGUUGAGAUAUCAGAAGUCAAAUCUGAGGCCGCAGUGUCAGUAACUCCAAGCAAAGCAAGUUCAAUUGCAUCAUCCCUACGAAGACGUUUAUCUGCCUUUUCCACAAAGUCAUUAGAAGCCGACAUGGAAGAUGCUGAGGAACCUGCUCCAAUGUACCGCCUUGUUUUAGCUGGAGAUGCCGGAGCAGGAAAAUCCAGCUUCCUGCUAAGACUGACACUCAACGAAUUCAGAGGAGACAUUCAGACGACUCUGGGGGUGGAUUUUCAAAUGAAGAGAAUGCUAGUAGACGGAGAGAAGACAAGCCUGCAGAUUUGGGACACAGCUGGACAGGAGAGGUUCCGCAGUAUUGCCAGGUCCUAUUUCCGUAAAGCUCAUGGAGUCCUGCUACUCUACGACGUUACUUCAGAAAGCAGUUUCCUUAACGUCAGAGCGUGGGUGGAUCAGAUUCAGGAUUCAACAGAGGAGAAAAUCCCCAUGUGUGUUAUUGGAAACAAGGUGGACCUCCGAGAGCAGCUUCCAGAGGGAAGCUGUGUGAGUAGUAUACAUGGAGAGAAGUUGGCCAAGACAUACGGUGCCUUGUUCUGCGAGACGAGUGCCAAAGAGGGAACCAACAUUGUCGAGGCUGUGCUUCAUCUAGCGAGAGAAGUAAAGAAAAAUGUCAAACUGAGGCGGCCGUCAGAUUCGGAGGUCCGACUGAGUCCAACAAACCCAAAGAAGACUCUAAACAGCUGCUGCAGGCUGUAGACUCUGAUGCACGUAGAUAUGACACUGUAGGACGGAGCAAUGAAGGACACCAAGUGAUUUUUAUUUCAUGAAGGACGUUACACUUGUAAAAAAAAAUGUUCUUACAUGUUUUAAAGCUUUGAUAUAUUAACCCCCAAGCCUUGAAUAUAUUUUUAUAAAUGUUAAUUUUCUGAUCAAAAUUAAGGUUUCUAUUGCUGGGAAAUUGCACAUGCACAAAUAACACAUUUAAUGCAAUUAUAUUGCCUUACCUGCACAUUGUAUUGCUUAUAUUCUUAGAUGUUGUAUUUAUUUGGUAGUAAAUGUGAUUUUAUUAAAUAAAUAUGGCAAAUCAAUGCCUCAAUUCUAGUUAAAUAACUUUUAAUAAAAAAAACUGAAGGGUUUUGUUUUUUUAAAU